UUUAGAGCAUCUAUAAUGUCGUACGAGUGGCUUUUUAGUGAUAAGUUUGUUGUAGGAGCAGCUGCAAUUACAGUUGCAGCAUAUGGAUUGUACAGAAUAUGGAAAUGGUGGAGAUUUGAAGAUGAAUACUUCCAGAGAAUAAAACACUCUGGUUCACCGUCCAAGAAGCUAUUAGUUCUUAUUAUUGGGCUCGAUGGUAGUGGAAAGACCUGCUUUCUACAGUCCCUAGGAGAAUCCCGUCACCAGAUUCCUUACCCUCAGCCAACCAGUGGAGUAAAUUCUAUCAGGAGAACCAUUGGAGAUGUAGAAUAUUCUUUGUAUGAAAUCGGUGCUGGUGGUGGUUUGAUCAAAGCCAGGUUAUACUGGUCUGAAUUUCUUAAAGAAUUCAAAGCAAAGACUAUUGUGUAUGUAGUGGAUGCUGCUAAUCACCAGAGGAUAGAGGAAGCAAAGAUAGCACUGUCACAGUUUUCCGAGAAAAACAGGACACAAAACCUACAACUUCUCAUCGUUGCAAACAAACAGGAUGUACCUGGGGCCCUGACUCCGUCGCAGGUUCUUCAGAGAGUUCAAGAGGUCAAAUACAAAUAUAAGAGUGUGCAUGCCGUGGGAACAAUUUUAAGUCCAGGAAGAGAGAGAGAAGGCGUUUACGAAUCUUACACUUACUUGCAAUCUUGUGUCCCAAAACAAAUCUAACAUUAUAAUAGUCACAUUCGAUAUGUAUGCUUGCUAGAAAUAAAUCUUA